CCCCCAUUCUGGAGGUUUUUAAAAAAUUAUCAAACCACCUCAACUGCUUAGGGAAUUCCAAAGGUUUAGAAUUAUUUUCUCAGGAAACAAGGGCAAAGACUAAUUUACUUUUUGGUGAAGUUAAAUUCUUUGCACAGAGUAAACUUUAAACGAGUUUAUGGUUAACAAACGUGUUAUCACAAAGAGGGUUUGCCAAGCCUUUAUCACUGUGUCAAUCUGGGCCUCAGUCUCCUUAUUAUUAACACUGCUGACGAUAAUUCAUAAAUUUGGUAUCUAGAAGGUAAAUUCUAAGAGUGGUACCCCUGGAAGUCGAGGGUAGAAUGUAGACGGUUAAAAAGUAAGGACACAGAGAGUAGAAUCCUUUUUCGAUCAAUCUGAGGUUUGUUAUUCUUGCCGCUGUUACUAUGACAUCACUGGAGCCCUGGAAUUACUCCCACUCCAGAACUGCCUGAACUCUCGCGAUACCAGAGCCAGGUGGCGCGCGACACGCAGUGGGAGGUGCUGGGGGAAAACGACUGACUUCCGGCCAGGCCGUUGUCUUGGUGGCGCGGCGGAGUCAUAGCUGGGUAUCGCAGCUUCGAUCUCCCAUCCUUCCCUUCCCCCACGCCACGGCGCGGGGGGGCGACAGGCCAAGUGAGGCGUGAGGGUACUUGGACCUUUCCUUUCAUUUCGCUCCGGCCAGCGCCCUGCUGCCCACGCUGGGGCCUGGGGUCUGUGGGGCCCGCGAGGCCCGGUCUGAGGGGCCGGGGCCUACGUGGGCCCGCCGCUGGGCCCCAUGAGGCAUAGCUUGACCAAGCUGCUGGCCGCUUCGGGCAGUGACUCCCCGACCUUCAGCGAGAGUCCGGCGCCGGUCGCGGCCUGCUCGCGGCCUCCGGACCUAAGCCGGGCGGCGGCGGCGGCCGGAUAUCCCGGCCGCAAGCAGCCGCACCGCGACGAGAGCGAGUUGGAGGCCGGGAGGGGGAGCCGCGGCGGCGUGGCCGUGCGCGCGCCCUCGCCCGAGGAGAUGAAGGAGGAGGCCAUUGCCAGCGUCCCGAAGGAGGAGUCAGAGGACAUGGACUUUCUGUCCGGGCUGGAACUGGCCGAUUUGCUGGACCCCCGUCAACCAGACUGGCAUCUGGAGCCCGGGCUCAGCUCGCCCGGACCUCUCUCUUCGUCCGGCGGCGGUUCGGAUAGCGGUGGCCUGUGGAGAGGGGACGAUGACGAUGAGGCCGCGGCUGCCGAGAUGCAGCGCUUUUCCGAUCUGCUGCAGAGGUUGAUAAAUGGUAUUGGGGGCUGCAGCAGCGACAGUAGCUGCGGCGAAAAGAGGCGGAGAAAGUCCCCGGGCGCAGGUGGCGGCUGCAGCGGCGGCAGCAGCGGUAACGACAGCCACCAGGCAGCAACAAAGAGUCCCCGGAAGGCGGCGGCGGCCGCUGCCCGUCUUAAUCGGCUGAAGAAGAAGGAGUACGUGAUGGGGCUGGAGAGUCGAGUUCGGGGUCUGGCAGCCGAGAACCAGGAGUUGCGGGCCGAGAAUCGGGAGCUGAGCAAGCGCGUGCAAGCACUGCAGGAGGAGAGUCGCUACCUACGGGCCGUCUUAGCCAACGAGACCGGACUGGCUCGCUUGCUGAGCCGUCUGAGCGGCGUGGGACUGCGACUGACCACUUCUCUCUUCAGAGACUCGCCCGCCGGUGACCACGACUACGCACUGCCGGUGGGAAAGCAGCAGCAGGACCUGCUAGAAGAGGACGACUCAGCGGGAGGAGUGUGUCUUCAUGUGGACAAGGAUAAGGUGUCGGUGGAGUUCUGCUCGGCGUGCGCCCGGAAGGCGUCGUCUUCUCUUAAAAUUUUCUUUUUUAGGUGAUUUCCUUCCUGCCAGGCUCCGUUGUAGGGGUUGCAGAACAGUCGUUCCCGCCUCACAACCUGGUAAGGAUCCAUCUCUUCACGUAACGCUCAUGCUCUGCUGCUUAGUCUACUUUAAUGGGCAACAUCUCAAUAUGUGUGUGUGUGUGUGUGAUUUUUUUUUUUUUUUUGGAAGAUGGGAGGGGAAUCUAAUUUGGGCCCUGUCCACCCUGGAAACAGACUUGUGCUGGUCAGUGUGUUUAAGAUGCUUCUGGUUGAAAUAGCUAUUAAUGUGUCACCUUGUUCAAACUUGCGUGUACCUAGCUCUUCUGUCCCCAGUGUGGACAUGGCCUUGGAUGACAUCGGUUCCAACUGUACACUGAAACCUGCUUAUAGAGAUACAGUUUGGAUACAGUGAAACAGGUGAAGUUGAAUGGAAGUUCCGAGUUGUACAAGGUGCAAAUUGGAAUUCCAAUUUUAGAGCAAGUUUUCAGAGGUUGACAAUAUAAGUAUUUGGGGCAUGCACACAUGUGGUAGUUAUUUUGCUGAAGGUGACAGAAAUCUCUUAAAUAUUCAAGAACGCCUUUUAGUUUUCAGUAGAAGAUACAGAAAUUCAGUCUGUUCAGAUUAACAGAUUUUAAUCUUUCACUUUUAGAGAAGUUGGAAGUUAAUAUACAUAUCAGACUCCUGUGUUAGUUAACUGGAGGAAGAAUAAGAAUGGUUAAUGAAAUAUUUCUUUGAGGACCAGCACAGUGAUUACCCUAUCACUGAGAAUGAAUAAAUUGUUGAAUAUCUUUAUUUUUGUUGUAUUAAAAUUUUAGGUUAAAUUUAUGUAUGUAUGACUAAAUAAUGAAGAUUGUGAAAUGUGAAUGAAAAAAUGUAAAGUGAGGCUUCACAAAGAAUCUUACUCUCUUUAUUCGAAAGCAUUUGCCCUAUUUAAAAAUCAUUUUCAAAAUUAAGUGGUUCUGGCCGCUUAACUGACCCAGUUGACACAAUUUUUCCAAAGAUGGGCAUAUUCUUUCCUUGAAGUGUACUGUAUUACUAUUGUCCACUUGUAUAAACUGAGUUUUGCUGUCCUUCCAUGUAACAGACAUUAAGAAAUUCUUUGUGAAACAUCACUGUUUGAUAAAGUAUAUACGUAUUUAGCAUCCUUGUUUUUCUUUGUGCUAAAGUGGAUACAGCUGUUGGGGCAGAAGAGACGGGACCAGCUGCUGGCCACAUUUCCUGCUUUAUUUUAAAAGGUAGUAUAAGAAAUGAGGAAAAAGAGGUAAUAUCAGGGCUUCUGCUGUCUUUUAUUUUUAAAAUGUUCAUAAUUAAGUAUUUUCCAGCAGUCCAAAGAUGUAAGCUAUCUUACACAUAAAAUGUUUUAUUUUGUUGUGAAAAUGGAAUCCUUGUUCUUGCACAACUGUAAAUGUUUUAUUGCUAGAUAAUAAGAUUUGGGACCUAAAUUGGUCUCUGGUUUCCAGUGCAUCACAGCAUAUUUUGUAAAAUCAUCUACUGCACUUGAGCAUGAAUGGGUAGUAGCCAAACUCACAACCUGGAGUGAUGAACCUGCUUAUACCUAAGCGCAGGAGCAAGCCCCUCACAAUGCAGCUGCAUGGAUUUUUAGUGCCUACUGAAUUAUAUAUAUAAACCAAAAGUAGUUGGAAAAAUUAUUUGAAAUGACUAAUUUGUGCUAUCUUUAUGGAAUAUGUUAAAUGUAGCUUUUUGAAAGAGAAGCCUUGAAUUGAAAUUUAACUAAUACUUGAACAUUUUGUAUAUAUUUCUUUGUAUAUAAUUUUGUGCAGUACCAAUGACAAAAAUAUGGUGUCAUAAUAAAACCAGGUUUGUUGAUCUUUAAGUUUAUGGGCUCAAAGAAUUUAUUCAUCUCUAACAUGACAUUGGAAAAUUAUGGAUGAAAAUAGGAAAAAUGAUUGUCAUUAAGGCUGACUGUGGGUCUUAAAAGGUUCUGGAAGCAGAAAGUGUGUUUUUCUAAAAAUUACACCAUUCCCUUGGAAUAUUUUCUUUCUAAUCGUCAGUGUUUUCCCUGCAUUAUUUGAAGUUUGGGGCUGGGGAAAGGAGUAGUCAAAGCUUUCUAAAUUGGGCUGCUUUGAAAUUCAAUUAUAGAUUAUUAGAAUGUCAUUUUAUAAAUGGCAGUUUUUGGGAAUACUUGAUUCAAAACUUGAAAAUGGAAAGACUAGUAUGGCCUAUUUUUAAAGCUACUUUGUUAGGUUCCUUGUGUUUUAUUAACUGUCUUUUCUUUAUCUUCAUUUCAUUCUCUUUUUUUCUAAUUUUGGUGACUUAGUGAUUUUGUCAUUUUUACAUCAACUUCAUGGUCUUGUUUUUACAUGGUAAUUGCAUGUACUUAGGACCUAUCUAAUAGGAGCUUUAAAUAAAUUUGGUCAUAUUUAUGUGUAAGCACAUUUUACUGUAAAUGGGUUUCUGAAUUUAUAACAGAUCGUUUAUUUCAGUAUGUAGUAAACAGUAUCUUAAAGUGUCCUAUCCACUACUUGUUAAUUAAAAAAGUUAUGAUUAAUAUGAAACUGUUGUCUUACUAUUUUUAGAAAAUUGUGUUCUGAAUGAUUAGUACUUGGGUAGAGGAGAUUUCUGGAAUAUAGAUUGUUCUGAAAUUUUUAGGUUUUGGUCUGUUUACUGUAAUGGAUGAAAAAUUUAGUAUUGAGGACUUUUUUUUGUAAUUGUGUCUCAAGUUCCUAGGCUUAGUAUACCAAAUGGUAAAAUGAUACAGAACUAGACUAAAGAUGUAGCUUUUUAAUGUUUGUUUUCUGAUGGUGGCAGGAAUUCAUACAUUAAUUGAACUAACACAUCAUAUUGACCUACUGUUUCUAUCAUAUUGACUAUUUUUGCACUUCCUUGACCAGACAUAACUAAAAAGGCUACAUUUGUUAAAGUGGAGUCACACUGCUAAUAUAAUCCAACAAAAAGUGUUCAAAAUAUUUUAAUUAAAUAUUUGUGCAUUUUAUAAUCACUAAAUUAAUCUCUCUCUCUUCUCUUUAAACAGCUUAGCAGUGUCUACAAAAACGAAUCUUUUGCUACAACCUGUUAACUGACUGGACUGAUGGUAACAAAGUAAUUGUGGGAGCCAUGUCCGUCAAAAAUUUGGCAUCUGCUGAAAAAAAAGAAUGCCAUUUUCAAGUUCCCAAAUUACUUCUAUACUGAUUUCACUUUCCAGAAAUGGAGAUAUGAAAAGAUUCUCUGGAAUCCUUGAAAGACUUAAUAGAAAUAUAUGAGACUAAAUUUUGGAACAAAAUUACACAUUUUUUUUUUUUUCUUGUCUUUCAUGGGAGUGAUACUCAGUUCUCUGCAUACUUUUUAAAAAUUGUAUCUAUCCAUUGGAGAAGAGAAUGAUAGCAUUUCUUCAAGGAAUUAGAUUCUUUAUGUUAUCAAGAACAUUUUCUAUGGAAUUACAUUUAGUGGACUAAAAUUACA